AUGGGCUCUUUUAAUUGUUUCGUUGUGCUUGUCGUCUUGCAUGUUCUGAAUGGCCAUGCAAUCUCUCAAAAUGUAGGAAAUAGGAGGUCUUUAACAUUAAUUGGAGGUGGAGCUGGAGCUGGUUUUGGAGGUGGAGCUAGUUUUGGAGGUGGAGUUGGAGGACGCGGAGGGAUUGGUGGAAGUUGUGGUGGAGGUCUAGUUGGUGGCGCAAGUGGGCAAGGGGGAGCUGGUGGAUCAGGAUCUGCCGGUGCCGGUGUUGGCGGAGGUGGAGGUGUUGCUGGUGGGGCAAGAUGGCAAGGUGGAGGUGGUGUAAGUAGCGGUAUUGGUGGAUCAGGAGCUACCGGUACUAGUGUUGGUGGAGGUGUUGCUGGUGGGGCAAAAGGACAUGGUGGAGGUAGUGCAAGUGGUGGUGUUGGUGGAUCAGGAGUUGCAGGUUCUGGUGCUAGUUUUGGUGUAGCUGGUGGGGCAAGAGGAGAAGGUGGGGGUGGUGCGAGUGCCCGUGCUGGUGCUGAUGGAAAUGUUAAGGUUGGCGGUGGAGUUAGUGGAGGUGUAACUGGUGGGGCAACAGGGCAGGGUGGAGGUGGUGCCACCGGUGGUGCUGGUGGAUCAGGAGUUGCCAAUGCUGGUGCAGAUGGAGGCGGCAAGGUUGGUGGAGGUGUUGCUAGUGGGGUAGGAUGGCAAGGUGGAGGUGGUGCAAGUAGCCGUGUUGGUGGAUCAGGUGCUGCUAAUGCGGGUGCUGGUGGAGGUGUUGCUGGUGGGGCAGGAGGACAAGGUGGAGGUGGUGCGAGUGGCGGUGUUGGCUUUGGUGGAGGUGCUCACUUUGGGAUUAGAGGAGGAUUUGGUGGAGGAGGAGGUGUAGGAGGCGGAGUUGGGGGAGGUUAUUGA